UCUGGCUUCUAUUCUUCUCCACCCCCGCUUGCUCGCCGUCGUGCUCUCGUGGGUUGGUCAACCCCCUCCCCAAGCAAUUCCGCGAGCACCUCGCGCGCGUCGCCGCCCACCCACAUGGCCGCGCGGUCGCCGCCCGCGGCCCGCUGCUAGACGCCUCGCGCGCCCGCCGCGGCCUCCCGGCUGCUGGUGCUACCAUGUUCCUCCUCCCGCGGCAGUGGCUGCUGCUCCUCGCGGCGGUGCUAGCGACGGCGGCGGCCGUGGCGCGGGGGCAGGCGCCGCUGGCGUCGCGGGCGGACCUGGGGGGGCUCUACAGCCUUCGCGCCUCCCUGGGGCUGCGGGCGCGGGACUGGCCGCUCAAGUCGGACCCCUGCGCGGCGUGGUCGGGCGUCGCCUGCCGCGCCGGCCGCGUCGUGAACGUCACCGUCGCGGGGCUCCGCCGCACGCGCCUCGCCGCCCUGGCCCCGCGCCUCGCGCUCGACGGGCUCCGGAACCUCACCGCGCUCGAGCGCUUCAACGCCUCCGGGUUCCCGCUGCCCGGGGAGAUCCCCGACUGGUUCGGCUCGAGCCUCCCGCCCUCGCUCGCCGUGCUCGACCUCUCCUCCGCCGCGGUCAAUGGGACGCUCCCCGCCAAUCUCGGCGCGUCGGGGAACCUCACGAUCGUGCUCCUGUCCGGGAACGGCCUCUCGGGUGCCGUCCCGGCGCCGUUGCUCUCCGACAGAGGACCUCGCGUCCUCGACCUCUCCCGCAACAACUUCACCGGCGGGCUGCCCAACGUUUCCGCCGUCGCCGGCGGCGCGUCGAUGUUUAACAUCUCCGGGAAUUCGCUGUACGGCGUGGCCGGCUAUGCCAUUGCGGCGCUGAGGAGAAGGUUUCAGGUCGUCGACGUGUCCAGCAACUACUUGGAUGGAGCUUUGAACGGGUCCGAUGGAGUAGUGAUUACCACGACGAAUUGCUUCCACGGCGUGCCGGGUCAGCGCAGCCGUGUGGAUUGCGAGGAGUUUUACAGGAAGCAGGGCGUGAACCUUGUUGAUGCUCCAGCUCCCUCGCCGUUGCCGUCGGCUUCGCCUCUGCCACAGCCAUCACCGGAGGUGAAGAGGAAGAAGCAGGGUAUCUCCAAAAAUGUACUCAUUGGAGUCCUUGUAGCUGCGGGAGCAUUGAUGGUUCUGUUUUUGGCUGUAUUGCUGUUCUGCUUGGUGAAGAUGAGCAGCAGGGGAAGAAGCAGAGGGAGGGGAGUGGAGAUAAACGAGGAAGGUACUGGCACACGCUCUGCGCGUAGGAGGGACAGCAGUGUGAAUCCAGUGGCGUCAUCUCCAUCAGCAGUUUCUCCAAGAGCCAAUGGUGGACCUAAAAAGGAUGUGUCUGCCAUUGCCGGUGAUUUCAGCUAUGAGGAAUUGGUAGAUGCCACUGGGGGUUUCGGUGACGACAAGCUCAUCAAGCAUGGGCAUUCAGGAGAUAUCUAUCACGGUGUCUUGGAGAAUGGCUCACAUGUCAUUGUUAAGAAGGUCGGUUCAAAGGGUAUCAACAAGCAUGCUAGUGAAUUGGACUUCUAUUCGAGGUACUCCCAUGACAGGAUUGUUCCGCUACUCGGGUAUUUGAGCAAGGAUGAUGAGGAAUUCCUGGCUUACAAGUAUAUGCCAAAGGGAGACUUGACCGAUGCAUUGCACAAGAAACCUGUAGACACUGCAGAUGGCUUGCCCUCGCUGGAUUGGAUAACUAGACUGAAGAUUGCGACUGGUGUGGCUGAGGCAAUGUGCUUCCUUCAUGACGAGUGUAGCCCACCAUUAGUUCACAGAGAUAUCCAAGCAAGCAGUGUCCUUCUUGAUGAUAAAUACGAAGUGCGACUUGGGAGUAUGAGUGACAUAUGCGCCCAGCAAAGUGGGGGAAGCCAGAAUGUCUUCUCUCGGAUAUUGAGAUCGUCAAAGUCUCUCGACAAGCACACAUCAGGUCCACCGGCCACUUGCUCCUACGACGUCCUCUGCUUCGGCAAGGUGCUGCUGGAGCUGGUGACCGGCAACUUCGGCAUCAGCGGGUCGAACGACGCCGCCUCGGAGGAAUGGCUGGCGAACACUCUUAACCAGAUCAACGGCGGCGACAAGGCGAGCGUCACGAGCAUCAUCGACCCCUUGCUCCUCGUCGACGAGGACCACCAGGAGGAGGUGUGGGCGGCGGCGAUCAUCGCCAAGGCCUGCCUGAGCGCCAAGCCCUCGCGGCGGCCGUCGGCGCGGCACGUGCUCCGCGCCCUGGAGAGCCCGCUGCGGGUGGUGCGGCAGAGCUCAUCGUCCCGGUCCGACUCGGCCCGGCUGCGGAGCUCGUCGUCGAGGAGCUCGUGGCAGUCCGUGUUCUUACAGGGGAACAACCACCGGGUGCAGAGCCUGGACCGGCGGCACUCGGUGAGGUCUCACGGGAGCGGCGGGGAGGCGUCGUUCUCGUUCUCGUUCAAGAGGGCCGUGGCGGCGGCCCCGGAGGUCGCGCCGGAGCCGGUGGCGGCGGCGCUCGACGAGGAAGCCGUUGUUGUGUAGUGUUACUGGUAGCGAGUAGGACGCCAUUUCUUGGGUUCUUUCUUACAGGCAUUCCUGAUUCUUUCCUUACGUGAUGUCAGUCACAUCGCAUUGUGUGUAUAAUUUGUUGUUGUUGUCUGAUGCGUUGAUGCGGUGUUCCAACAUGACAAGAAAAUAAAAACUGUGCAUAAAGAGCAUGUUUUCAAAUA